AUGCACAUCAUCACCGCGAACCCUUCUACCGGUGCCAAUGUCAACUUUGCUCUUGAUGACAAGAAUGCCACUUUCAUCUCCAACAACAACAACACGCAUUUGCCUUGGUAUAUGGGACAAUGGACUACGCCUGUGACGGCUGUGCUGGAGGCCUAUGUGUUGGGUUCGUUCUUGGUGUUUUUGAUCAUGUUUAUGAUGUGUAUUCAUCGUCGUGGGUGUUGUCACAUGUUUCACCACAGACGCAGAAGAAGAGUUGUUCGGUACCAGCAACGACCGAGAGUGAGGGUGCAGAUUGAACAGCAAACACACAACAACAUGCAAGAGGACUCGGACGGUGGUGAAGAUGGCCAUGAAGUCAACAGUAUCUCAUCCAGAAACCCUGCUACCGUUGACGCUCAGAAUGGUGGUCCCCGAGUGCACGAUAUCCAGAGAUUGGAGAGGGCUCUAAGGGUUGCUGGGAUGGCAUAA